GACUUUGAGCACAACCAGACACAGUUGAGGAGAGACAUUUGUAAAUGUUUGGGCACUCUUAUGGUGUUCACAUCUUUUCAUACGUCAAAUGCUAAUCAGAAAUAGCUAAAUAUUUAUCACAGUCUUUGUUUUCUUUACGGGCAAACAAUUAUGAUGGUUCCGUACGCAGAAGCGCGCUUCUGGACACCGGCGUCUCCAUUUACGCACGGGAAAAGCGCAUCUAUUUAAACACACCGGACCGCUGUUAUUUGUGGUUUGUUUUGCAAUGGAUCACCCUAACAACACAUCUCAACCCUUCAAUUCCACCGACCCGUUCGGUCGGGACGAAGAGGUCGCCAAAAUCGAGAUCGCGGUACUAAGCAUCACCUUCGUGGUCGCGGUCAUCGGCAACUGCAGCGUCUUGGUGGCCAUACACAACACCAAGAAAAAGACUUCACGCAUGCAUCUGUUCAUUAAACACCUCAGCCUGGCCGAUCUGGUAGUGGCUUUUUUCCAAGUCCUCCCACAGCUGUGCUGGGAAAUCACUUUCCGUUUCUACGGGCCGGAUUUUCUGUGCCGGAUCGUGAAACACCUGCAAGUGAUGGGCAUGUUCGCUUCCACGUACAUGAUGGUCAUGAUGACCCUGGACCGAUACAUCGCCAUCUGUCACCCUCUAAAGACCCUCCAGCAGUCCACCAGGAGGUCUCGCAUCAUGAUUGGUGGCACAUGGAUCGGCAGUCUUGUCCUCAGCAUCCCCCAAUACUUCAUCUUCUCCCUCAGUGAGAUCAAGAAGGACUCGGAGGUCUACGACUGCUGGGGGCACUUUAUCCAGCCGUGGGGAGUUCAAGCCUACAUCACCUGGAUCACUGUGGGAAUUUUCCUGGUGCCAGUCAUUAUAUUAAUGACCUGUUAUGGAUUUAUAUGUCACAGCAUCCGGAAAAACAUCAGAUAUAAAACCAAAAAGACAUCAGGUGAUGGCGCAUGUAAGAACGGAUUGGUGGGGAAAAACUCGGUCAGUAGUGUGUCCACCAUAUCCAGAGCCAAGUUAAGAACUGUUAAAAUGACUUUUGUGAUCGUCUUGGCUUAUAUCAUCUGCUGGGCUCCGUUUUUCACCGUACAGAUGUGGUCUGUCUGGGAUAAAAACUUCAAAUGGGAUGAUUCUGAGAAUACGGCCGUGACACUGUCAGCAUUGCUGGCCAGUCUCAACAGUUGCUGUAACCCCUGGAUUUACAUGAUCUUCAGUGGACAUCUCCUGCAAGACUUCGCUCAUUGCUUUCCCUGCAGCCACAAAAUCCAGCAGAGCUUCAGGAAAGAGGAUUCGGACAGCAGCAUCCGCAGAACCACGCUGCUCACUAAAAUCGCCAACCGCAGCCCCACCUGCAGUUCAUCAACCUGGAAGGAAGUCGACAACUCGCCAAAAUCUGACAGAUCAGCUCAGAUGCUGACGUAACGCUUGGAGACACAGUGUAUUGAAUGUCUCUCUGGGAGAAGCACGAUGUGGCUGCAGGUUUACAGUGUUUUAUUAAACACUUCCUCUAUUGGACGCCGAUCGAUCAGGACUGAGUUCACACAGUGCCAGAGGAAAAACUUAUUGCUUUGAGGUUUCUCUUUUAUUACUUAUAUGAGACUUUGGUUCAUCUACAUCUCAGAUGUUAUCUUAAGAGACAUCGAUUGCUGUCAUGCAAUAAGAAUGUAGAGCUAUAAAAUCAAUGUGCUCAGGUCGGCUGUUCUUCUCUUUGGGCAAAUCUAAAUCUUAGACGUUUCGUCAUGACUGCGUAUAGCACAGGAUCUCACAGCUUACUCAUGCAUGUUUUUGGGAAAUGGUGUGAAAACACAAUAAAUCUCUAAAGGGACUAUGGGUACAAUAGUCUAGAGUAGUGAAGUUUUCCUGUGAUAAGAGUCCACGACUGAAAUGUGAUUGAUUUUGACUUCAGUACUUUGGUCUCCAGAAGUAAACCAAACACAAGAAACAAAGCCAAGAUAAAGACACCGGCCCAGUCACUGCAACAAAAAUAAAUCCAUUUCACAAAAAAAGGAAAGUGUCUGCUUUAUCAAAUGUCUGGCACAAAACCUGCUGGGCAUGGUUACCUUUUUUUUUCAGGCAGUCUGACACAUUUACUGCAAAUCUGGUUUUGCAUCAGGAUAAAGAUUUAAGUUUAUACAUCAAACAGCAUACAACACCGUGCCAUAACGGUAUAUAACCCCAAAAUAAACCAAAAUGCCACAAAAAAUAAACCUCAUUCAACUGUGCUGAUUGGUUGCAUGGUUUGAAUAGAUAUCGAAAGAUAUGAAAGCAUUUUAAUCCUCUGCUAUCCUAAAUAUGUUAAAACAACUUGCUUCAAAGUCAAUUUAACCUGUGAUAAGUUGACAUAGCUUAAAACAAGUUGAAAUUGUUUAGCUCAUUUCGCCGCCAGCACUUUUUGUAAUUUUCACAAAAGUUUCACAAAAUGCAUUCUAGAAAAAGUUUCUUCUAAAAAUAUAUAAACAUACAAAUAUAUCAAAUGAAAGAAUAGACCUUCUGCUUUCAAACAAACAAUAAACAAACAAACAAAAUGGGAAAUAAACGUUUCAUCCUAACUAUAUUUUUUUUUCUCUGCUUAUAAACUCUUAAAUAUGGGUAUAGUUCUUUAAAAAUAAUUUUUUUUAGCAAAAAGCUAAAAAAAUGCAUUUUUAUGUGAAGGAAUUUUGUUCAGAAUGAUAAUCAAAACAUACAGAGUUUAAAAUAACUUUAAAAAAAAAAUUGCUUCGUUUUUUUUAUAAAUUGGGUAAGUCAUCUAGUGGAUAAUCACGGUAUUACAGAUUAACAUAAACUCAUGAGGAACAUGUUUUUUUAUGCAAAUGUUUUCUCUUAAUUGACGAGAUAACUUGUCAAUGGUGGGGGAAGAGUUAACUUAAUGGUUAAGUUAAAUUAACAUAAAAAAAUAUUUGUUGAUUUGACAAAAAUGCUGCAUUUUGUUACAGUGUGUGCAGGAUUAAAGGUGCAGUGUGUAGAUUUUAGUGGCAUCUAGUGGUGAGGUUGCGUAUUGCACCCCUCCCUUUCAAAGCACAUAGAGAAGCUACGGUAGCUGUCACAGGACAAACAUGUCAUCGUCUGAGACAACAUAGUGACAAAUGCCCUCUGUUGAACAGUUUGUCCAUUUAGGGCUUCUAUAGAAACAUGACGGGGACUUCCAUGAAUGUAGAUAAAAACAUCUAAUUUUAAGAUGAUAAAACAAUACAGUUCAUUUUGUCAGGUGUUUAUACACCACUGAUUAUAUAGUUUUAUAUAUAUAUUAUAUUGCAUUUCUUUUAAAAGUUUCUUUUCAAAUGUACACACAGCACCUUUAAAUGUUUAGUUGUGUAUUGUUUAUCGGGACAGACCAGUCUAGAAUCACUGCGAUAUAUAUAUAUAUAUAUAUAUAUAUAUAUAUAUAUAUAUAUGAAUGUCUGCUAUCUUGUUGGGUCUGCACUUUAUUCAGGGUUCAGUUUGUGUACAUACUGAAAUAUUCUAGCAGUGAAAUCUGUUUUGGUGUAUAUAGGAGUACAACAUUGUAAAUACACGCACAACUGUACCAUUAUUUUCUUGAUCAUAUCAGAUGGUCUGUAUUUGUUUGUUUUUGUGAAAUAUUAUUAAGAAGUUGAUAUGCUCAGCAUUGCUGUGGCAAAUUUAUUGCCAACUUUAAAUGUGUUGCACGUCUCACGAAUGUCUCUGUGUAUCAAUGUGCCAAAUCCAAUAAAUCAAACCUUCAAGAAUUGUUA